AGGACCGCCUUAACGGUCGGCCGGUGAGGCGAGCCGCGUUGCCGGCGGCGAAGCUUCUUUUCCCCACCUUCCGCCGGAGCCGCGCGCUUGGAAGGCUUCGGGAACCCGUCGGAGGGAACAACAGGCGCCUUUUUUCCCUGAGGCGCCCAUCGUUUCCCGCCUUUUUUGUGUAUUUGUGAGGGGGUUGCUUCGGUGGGCUUUCCUCCCCCCCUUACCAAACAACAACCCUGCGAGGAAGGUACGAGAAUAUACAAUGCCUAAAGAGGAAGACCGUGUAAUUCCGGUGAAGGUAGCAUUGAGAUGCCGCCCCCUCGUCCCCAAGGAAAUCGCGGAGGGUUGCCAGAUGUGUUUAUCUUUUGUCCCUGGAGAGCCACAGGUGAUUCUAGGCAAGGACAAACCUUUUACAUAUGACUAUGUCUUUGAUCCAUCAGCCGAGCAGGAGGAAGUCUUCAACUCCUCCAUCGCCCCUCUUGUAAGGGGGAUUUUCUCUGGCUACAAUGCCACGGUUUUAGCCUACGGGCAGACAGGCUCCGGGAAGACCUAUUCCAUGGGCGGGACGUAUACGUCUGACCAAGAGAACGACCCCACAGUCGGAGCCAUUCCACGGGUCAUCAUGCUGCUUUUCCAAGAGCUGCAGCAGAAAGUGGAGUGGCAGUUUGCCUUGAAAGUCUCCUACUUGGAGAUUUACAACGAAGACAUCUUAGAUCUCUUGGCAGCGGGCAAGGAAAGAAGUUCUCAGAUAAGCAUUCGAGAAGACCCCAAGGGAGGCAUUAAGAUUGUGGGUCUGACUGAGCACAUGGUCUCAAGUGCCCGCGAGACCGUCCUCUGCCUGGAACAAGGCAACAACUCCCGAACGGUAGCAGCCACUGCAAUGAAUACGCAGUCCUCCCGCUCCCAUGCCAUCUUCACCGUGUGCGUGGAGCAGAAAAGCAAGGCUGAUGAGAACGUUAGCUUUCUUUCAAAAUUGCACCUGGUGGACCUGGCUGGUUCGGAAAGGCAGAAGAAGACGAAAGCGGAAGGAGAACGGUUGCGAGAAGGAAUUAACAUCAACAAAGGGCUGCUUUGCCUGGGAAACGUGAUCAGCGCCCUGGGGGACGAAUCCAAGAAAGGCAGCUUUGUCCCCUAUCGCGACUCGAAGUUAACCAGACUUCUGCAAGAUUCCUUGGGGGGCAACAGCCACACCCUGAUGAUUGCCUGCGUGAGCCCGGCCGACUCCAACCUUGAAGAGACACUGAACACCCUCCGCUAUGCAGAUCGGGCUCGAAAAAUAAAGAACAAGCCGAUUGUGAAUAUUGACCCUCAAGCGGCCGAGAUCAACCGGUUGAGGCUGCAGGUCCAAGAGUUGCAAGUGUUACUGCUUCAAGCCCAUGGGGGAACUCUGCCGGUGUCUCUUCGAGGUGAACCUGUUGAAAACCUCCCAGCCCUGAUGGAGAAAAAUCACUCGCUCCUGGAGGAAAAUGAAAAACUCAGCCGUGGCUUGAGCGAAGCAGCCGGUCAGAUUGCUCAGUUGUUGGAGAGGGUGAUCGUGACGGAGCAGCAGAACGAGAGGUUCACCCUGAAGAUGGAAGAACUCCGAGAGCACACGGCGUUACAACUGGACCUGCCAAAGCUGCUGACAUCCGUGGAGGACGAGGAACUCAAAGAGCAGCUGGAACUGUUUGUCCAGUUACAACAAAUUAUCGCUCAGCUGCCGAAAGAAAAUCCUCCUGACAUGGACGUAACCGAACAGCAUUCCAAUUCUGCCUCCUCGGUAGACCUGGAGGCGCCCCAGUCUUCAGACGACUACGCGGCUCAGCAUGCCCUCCAACAAGCUCAGAUGUCCAAGGAGCUGCUGGAACUCAACCAAGCCCUCGCUCUGAAGGAGGCCCUGGCUCGGAAACUUUCCCAGAGCGACCGCCAGCUGGAACCCAUCCAGUGCCAGUCCCAAAUAAACAUCCAGAACCUGGAAGGGGAGGUGGCCAAGCUGCAGAAGGAGAAGGAAGACUUGGUCCUUGCCCUUCAGAUGACCAAGAAAGACAUUACCCAAGCCAAGCUGAGCGAGCGUCGGCGGAAACGUCUGCAGGAGCUGGAAGGGGAGAUGACCGAGCUCAAGAAGAAGGUGAAGGAACAAUCCAAGCUGCUGAAAAUGAAGGAAUCCAGCGAGCAGACCGUCUCCAAGCUCCACCAAGACAUCCGGACCAUGAAAACCCAACGGGUUCAGCUGAUUCGGGAGAUGAAGGAAGAUGCGGAGAAAUUCCGACAGUGGAAGCAGCAGAAGGACAAGGAGGUUAUCCAGCUGAAGGCCAAGGAUCGCAAGCGGCAGUACGAGAUGGUCAAGCUGGAGCAGGACUUCCAGAAACAGGCCACAGUCCUCCGACGGAAAACAGAAGAAGCCGCGGCGGCUAACAAGCGCUUGAAGGAAGCCCUCCAGAAGCAACAGCAGGCUGCGGCGAAACGGAAGGACGUUCACAAUCGGGGAUUCGAAGCCGUCGCCUCGCGGGUGAAGAACUGGCUGGUGAAUGAAGUCGAAGUCCUCGUCAGCAUAGAAGAAGCUCGACAUCACCUGAAUGACCUUUUGGAUGACCGCAAAACUUUGGCCAAGGAAAUCGCUCUGCUGAAAGAGAAGCAGGAGGCUGGGGAGGUCCUCCCAUCCAAAUACAGGAGACGCACGUUUUCCUACAAAUCCAUGGAAAUCAACUCUUCCAUCACCAAGCAGGUCGAGAGUUUGGAGACUGAAAUGGAACUCCGGAGCGCCCAAAUUGCAGAUCUGCAGCAGAAAUUGCUGGACGCCGAGACCAGCGACCGGACCAAACAGCGCUGGGAAAAUAUAGCCACCAUAUCAGAAACCAAGUGUGCCGUCAAGUACCUGAUUGGUGAAUUGGUGGCCUCCAAAGUCGAAAAUGGGAAAGUAGAAAACCGCCUUCAGCAGAGCAAAACCACCUGCGCCGACGUCCAUAAGAUGCUUCUGGAAGAGCGGAAGGGGGCUGCCGACAUGGAGGCCGAGCUGGAGAGGCAGCUGGUUCAGAUGGAGCAAGAGAACCAGGAGAAGAUUCUCUACCUGCUCAGCCAAAUCCAGCAAAAGGAGGAAUCUGAAAAAAAGCUGGAAAUCUCGACUUCCGAACGGGAGGAGCAGCUUCUGGAACGCCUCCAAUUCCAGGAAGAAGAACUUGCAAAGCUGAAAGAGACCUUGGAGAAGAACCAGGAACUCAGCGAAGAGCUGGAAGCCAUCAAACAGAACUGCAGGAUUCUUCAGGCUGCCAGUGGACAGAAGACUUACAAAGUAGAGUCCGGCUUUGGAGAUGUUUCCGAAUCUCCUUUUGAUUACAUCCCUCCCAAGCCAAAGCCUCGUCGGAUGACCAACGCAAAGCCGAAAUCCGACAUGAGCAGCGAAGAGUCGCCCUCUGAAUCAGGCGACUCGCUAGAAGAAGCAGAAGACGAGUGGGUGCCAGCCAAAAUUCCCCGAGGCAUCAGGAAGAGCAUUUUAGGGUGCACCUGCCGAGGCCGCUGCGGAAACAAACAGUGCGGUUGCCGAAAACAGAAACUGGCCUGCUCGGAGGAUUGCCGGUGCGAGGAAGAAAAGUGUCGGAAUCGGGACGAUGUGUUCUCGGAGGGGAUACUUGGUAACAAGCUGAUGGAUGUUCAAGACCGGACAUUCAGCCUAGAAGACCCCACCCAGGUGACCUGCGGGGACACGUUCUUUGAGCCUCCCGCCAUCACCCCCACCAGAAAGGCCCUAGAAGACACGAUGCAGCUCGAAACCUUGGCAGCCCCCCAGGGCAACCCUCAACCUUCGUUCCCGCCCCCGGGAGCCUCGGAGGGUGCCCAAAUCCUGAAGAAACGCCGGAAGCGGCUUCUGAGUAACACCAGCCGCUUCUUCUCCGGCUGCACCCCGAUCAAAGAGGGCUUCACGGAAGAGAAGUGAACACACACACACACAUACCGUUUCCUUCUUUUUAAUGUACAAAUUACUCCUUUUUUGAUGUAUAGCUCAAUAAAGAUUAUGUAUAGAUUCAUUAUUAACGGUUUGCUAACUAUUCAUUGGGUAGCAAGGUCUUUUCUUUGCCUCCGGGCGCGAACCUAAGACUUUGGGGGUUUCCUCGAAGCCGACGGAAAACUGAGACCCCCCCAGCGUGGCGCUCUGGAAAGCGAGGAGGGGAGGAAUAAUAGGAAGAGCCCUUAGACUUAUAUACCGCUUCACAGUGCUUUUACAACCCUCUCUAAGCGGUGUACAGAGUCGGCCUC